AUGGUGGUUGUCGCAGCAGAGGUUCCUAUUGUCGCAGAUGGUGAAUUUGCCAUCGGUAUGGAGUUCAGUUCCAAGAAAGCUGUUAUUAAGGCGGUAAAAGAGUAUACGAUACGACGAAGCGUAGACUACCGGGUGUAUGAGUCUGAGCCGUUGACAUUUUAUGCCAAGUGUACACAGUAUGGGUCAGGGUGUGAUUGGGUUAUCAGGGUUAGCUUGAUCAGCAGGAAGUACUGUUGGGUUAUAAGGAGGUAUAAUGGUAGCCACACCUGUACCAGAGCCACCAUUUCACAGGACCAUUCGAAGCUGGAUUCUAUCACAAUUGCAGAAGCAAUAAAGCCACUGGUUGAGGCUGACCCCUCCAUAAAGGUAAAAUCAGUUAUAGCAGAGGUGCAAUCGAAGUUCAACUAUACGGUGAGUUACCGGAAAGCAUGGUUGGCUAAGCAAAGGGCAGUAGAGAAAAUAUUUGGAGGUUGGGAAGCCUCUUAUGAAGCGUUGCCUAUAUGGAUGGAGGCCAUGUGUCACAAGGAGCCAGCUGCUGCCGUCCAUUUUGAGACUAUGCCUGCAUAUCAAGGCGAUGACUUGGUGGGUAAUAUUCGGGUUCUGCAUCGUGUAUUUUGGAGUUAUUACCCUUGUAUUAGGGCAUUCAGACAUUGUAAGCCGAUUGUCCAGGUGGAUGGGACGCACCUGUACGGAAAGUAUAAGGGUUGUUUGCUUGUGGCAGUUUCACAGGAUGGCAACAACAAUAUCGUCCCGAUUGCGUUUGCUAUUGUGGAGGGAGAGACUUCUGAUGCUUGGCAUUUUUUCCUUAGUAACCUGCGUCAACAUGUUGUAACUCGGGAUGGGGUCGGUCUAAUAUCGGACCGGCACGAGUCCAUUAAUGCAGCUGUGGAACGCAGUAACGGAGCUUGGUCACCUCCAAGAGCUUUUCAUAUGUUUUGCAUCAGGCAUAUAAAGUCGAACUUUCUGAGGAAAUUCAAGGCACCCUACCUGCAAAAGCUUGUCGUCAAUAUAGGAUAUUCGCGGACGGUUCGUGAGUAUGAAGUGUGUUACCAGCAUUUACGAGAGCGGGGCGAGGCGUACACUAACGUUAGUUGCUUUGAUCGCCAGAAUGAGGUGUUUGAGGUUCGCGAGAUGCCGAGCGGUAUGGAGUUUGCAGUUGAUCUACGUGGCAUGCGAUGUGACUAUGGUGAGUUCCAGGUGGACCGGCUCCCAUGGACCAAGUACGGCGGGUAUACCGAGCACGGUUUCGGCCACUAG